AGAUAGAUAUUGGCGCCGUACAUGAGAACGUUCAGGGAGCUUGCUACGACACAGAAUACGCUAGCAAACGAGCAGCACAGAAGAGCAUGUACGGGAAGCAGACGCCGCUACCUGAAGCCAUGUCAGAGCCUCUCAUCCAUCAUCGAGAAUUCCCCCGACCUGACGCAUCGUCCAGCAGCAGCGACAGGAAGUAACGACUGACGCGCGCCGUGCGACGUCGUCGUAGCGUGGUGACAAACACCGGAAUCCUGUGACAUUGCAUUGACGUUUCCCUCACUGUCGAGAGGGCUCUCGAGUGAUAGAGAGAGAGAGGCCCAGCUGUCAGAGAGAGAGAGGGAGAGAGAGAGAGAGAAAGAAAGAGCGCGAGAUAGGCGGACACACACUGUCACAGAGAGCAAGUGUGACAGAUUGACACACAGACGCACAGAGUUGGACAGAGCAUUCAAGAUAGACAUACACACAGAGAGACAUAGCGUUGCAGACAGACAGACAGACACGCAGGAAGACAGGAAGGGUGCAGCAGCAGCAGCAGCAGCAGCAGCAGCAGCAGACAUGCCGGUUAACUGCGGCCUGCUGUCGGCGAGCCCGCCUCUCUUCAGCAACAUGAACGGCAUGUCUCCCUCCGUCACCGAGCUCCUCCCUCGCAGCCACAGCUUCACCUUCAGCUGGAAGAACACGAUGGUGGCUUCCUUCACGCGCUCCCCGACCCGCUCCUGCCUCUCCCCCGAGGGCUCCUCGUCCUCGGGGGGGUGCGUGCGCCGGAAGGGACACCGCGUGCAGUUUGCCGACGAGAAGGGAUACGCGCUCUACACGGUGCGCGUGAUGCGCGAGCCGUCGCGAUGCCCGCCGCGCCUCGACGACGACGUCAUCGCGCGCGUCCUUGCCGACGCUAGCGACACCGCGCGAGCCGACGACCCGUGGAUGCUCGACUUCCGGCAGCCGGCCGCGGACUACGUCGCGUUCCGGCAGCGGCUCGCGGACGACAACGUCGCGCUGGAGAACGUGAUCCUGCGCGACUCGUCGCUGACGGGGACGGUGAAGGUGCGCGACCUCGCGUUCGAGAAGCAGGUCGGCGUGCGCACGACCUUCGACCGCUGGCGAUCGCACGUCGACGUCCCGGCGUCGCACGUCGUCGGCGGCCGCGUCUCGAUGAAGGGCGUCGGCUUCGAGACGUUCUCGUUCACGGCGAACAUCCCCGCGGGAACGGAGGCGGCGGGCGCCGACGCUCGCGUCGAGUUCUGCGUGUAUUUCCGCUGCGACGGCUCGGAACACUGGGAUAGCAAUGGCGGACGUAACUACGUGGUGGUACCGCGACACGGCGGUGGUGGUGCGGGGGCGCCACCGAUGCCGGUGGCGCUGCCGAAGUCGCCGCACACGGACGGGCUGCUCAAUGCGUCUGACUCGUAUACGGAGUUUGCCGUGUGGAACGCGUCGGACACGGCCACACCGUACUGGUAGCUGCUUCCCUCACACAGCCGACGCGAUUGCAUUCAGGCGAGGAGGAGGAGGGAAGAGGGGCCGUCCCCGAUGAUGUGGUGUGUGCCGUACUGGUAGCUGCUUCCCUCUCACAGCCGACGCGAUUGCAUUCAGGCGAGGAGGAGGGAAGAGGGGCCGUCCAUCCGAUGAUGGGGUUUGUGCCGUACUGGUAGCUGCUUCGCUCGUGGAGGCGACGCGAUUGCAUUCAGGCGAGGAGGAGGGAAGAGGGGCCGUCCAUCCGAUGAUGGGGUUUGUGCCGUACUGGUAGCUGCUUCGCUCGUGGAGGCGACGCGAUUGCAUUCAGGCGAGGAGGAGGGAAGAGGGGCCGUCCAUCCGAUGAUGGGGUUUGUGCCGUACUGAUAGCUGCUUCCCCCGAUUGCAUCCGG